AUGUUCGAUUUCGAUGAAGGAGAUGGUGGUGCUAUCCAUGAUGGUGUGUAUCUACGUGGAAGAUACGGUGGCGGAUACGGUGGAAAUGGUGGAAGUGGGGGAAAAGGUGGAAUAGGUGGACAUGAUGGAAGAAGUGGAAAACAUGGACGUAAUGGAUCUGGUGGUGGACAUGGUGGAAACGGGGGAAUUGGUGGAAAGGGAGGAAGUGGUGGAAAUGGCGGUAAUGGUGGUGACGGUGGAGAUGGUGGUGGCGGCAGUCACGAUGACAGAUAUGCAGAAGCACCUAAUAAAGGAGGUGAGAAAGAUAGUAGCGGAGAUGGAGCGAGUGGCGGUGGUUAUGCUGGCAGUGGCUCUGGUGGCGAUGGUAAUCAUGAUGGUGGUGGAGGAGGAGCGGCCUCCAUUGAUACUAGGUUGAGGAUAUACUAUGAAAAGUGA